GUUCUGUGGUGUAAUAGUAGCAUUAUCGCCUGGCAAGUGAGAAGUUUGGGAGAGCAAAUACAUUUAUUCAUCAAUUUGUAUUGAUCGUAUAUGGGUAGGAGGGACUUGUGCAAUAUAACAUGGACUCUCAAACACAAUAAUUGCUUUACUUUUUAAUUUAUUCAAACUAAAUUUCAUACAGAAGUAGUACCUACUUGCAUACGCCUUAGAUAAGUUCGUUAAAGUCUUCAAUGAGAAUUCCAAUAAGAAAUUCUAAGCCUAAGGCCAUUCACAUUUGUGUAAACAUUUUAUUGAGACUAAAUUAAAUUUUAUUGCACAUCAAAUGUGACAAUUUUUACAUUUUUUGUCUCAUCAGGUUUCAAGAUGGUGACUGUUUCAUGUUUACAAAAGGACUACCUCAGUCAUCGAGGACUAUAAAGCAAAACAGUGAAGGUGUCUAAAAUUGUGUGAUUUUUUUAUUACUGUUAUUCCUAAAUGAGAUUUUCAUUAUGAAAAUCACUGUUUUGAGGAGUAUACAAUAACAUUGAAUAUAGUUACAAACGUAAUAUCUAUCUAAUUGGAACAAAGCAAUGUUUAAAUUUAUAGGAAACUACUCUAUGGUACUAUAAAUCAAUCUUAAAGUUUCUACAUUUAAAACACUAUUACUAGUAUACUAACAUUCUAAACAUUAAAAACUUAAUGCCUUCAGUGUUUUACAAACUUACAUUAACUGUUACUAACUUUUUCACGAUCAUUACUUGUCCAACCAUAAAUACUUUUUACAAUCACAAUCAUGAGAGAAUUCUCUUUAAUGUUUUAUUUUUAAAUAUAUAUUAACUCAGUUUUUAAGAAAAUUUUUUACUGACUACCUAAUCGUGAGAUAUUGGCAGGCGGUAUGAAUCAGCGACUCGCUCUUUUGCCAAGUUGUGCAUAUCCCAAGUAAAAAAUUUGGAAUGCUGCACAGUCCCCAGCUACACAGAGAGGUGUUGGCUCUGAACAACCACCGACCCGAAGUCGACAGAGUCCUGACAUCAUGGAGGACUCCAGGUUAUCAACUGGCUUCUUUCUCACAGUUCCCUCGACACUUCAAGACCCACCUCCCCUUCGCUCUGGAUCUAUGUAAGGUAAUCUACGUGGCUCGUAAUCCUUUAGAUGUGGUGGUUUCCUACUUCCACCACAACUGCUACCUUGCAGUCCACGGCUACACUGGAGAUUUCCAGAAAUACUGGCACUACUUCCAAGAUGACCUAUUGGUAUACUCUCCAUACUGGGAACAUCUGAAGCAAGCUUGGGUCAAACGCAACCACCCCAAUCUUUUAUUCCUCUUUUAUGAAGAUCUCCUCAAGGAUUGGAACAUACGGAAAAUAAGUGCUUUCCUCAGGAAUCCUCUGAACGAUGAUCAAGUCCUGAAAUUGUCAAACCACCUUCAGAUAGACAAUUUCCGUAACAACGUUCCCCUCUAUCUCGACGUUCCUAUCACAGGCCUCACAAGAGACCAGGAACAAGGGCUCAUCAGAAAAGGAAAAGUCAAAGGAAACAGCGAAUUCACGGAAGAAUUGGAAGCAGAAGCUAACAAAUGGGUGACAGAAAACCUGGCCCUCACAGACCUUUGUUUUCUGUGCAAAUAACAUGAUUACAAAUUAAUUUGCAAAGUUUGAUAUUUGGUGAUCAUGGCUACAAAUGAAAUCUAUCAAAUGCUCCAGAAGAUUUAUUUCUUUGUUAUUAUCUUUGUUGGAUAUGAAGUUAAAGAUAAAAAAUAACACGUAAUUGUGUUAUAAUUACUUAGUUCAUGCAAUUUUUAAUCAGGUAAGAAUCACAAAUGUUGAAUAUAAAAGCUUAAUUUCUAAUCCUUUUACCAUGUCGUACAAUUUUUACUAUAUACUUAUAUUUCCACAUUACUUGUGUUUUAUCAUAAAAAAAGAAAUUUUAUUUAGUUAAUAACACAUAU